AUGAUAACAAGGCCACAGGUGGUUAGAAUACCAUGUCAAGCGUUUUGGAAGCCGUCUACAUCGAGUUUUUCGACGUCGACAGUUCCGAGCAAUACUAAGGUAAGAUUGGGGAAGUUUUGGUAAAAAAAGUGGUUGAAUGUGCGUUGAGGUGUUGAAUUAUGGAGGAUGAGAUAGUGUGGAGAUGGAGUGGACAUUUUGCUUUUUGGGUUUGCUUUAUUUUGUCUAGAAAACGUCAAUUUUUGAAAUUUUAGACAAGUUUUUGCUGAUUUUUUUUGAUUUAUAAAAAAAGGUAAAUUUUAAUAUAAAAAAAGCCUGGCAAUUGUGAGACAUGAUUGUUAGCUCUCUAACUAAUAUUUACAAUCCAAUUUUUGAGGUGUUCGAUCGAGAAGUCAAACGAAAACAACGGAAUUGGGCCGCCAAGUCCAAGGACUUCGAGGCCGCGCAAUACCUCCGAAAAGAAUGUGGCGAACGAAUUGCUGACCGAGUCUUCGACCUCACCAAGUUCAAUGAAGUCUGUAUUGAUCUGGGCUGUGGCGCCGGCUUCAUUGCGCCACAUUUGAUCAAGGAAAAUGUCGGGAAAAUGAUUCAAUGUGACGUCAGCGAAGAAAUGGUCAAAAUCAGCAAAGGAAAUGAGGAAGUGAGUCGGGGAAUGGGUGUUAAAUUAAAUGUAGCGACUAUAUUAUUCCCUCAGUUACGGCAGAAACUUUUUUUAAAAAAAUUUUUUUGUAAAAUACGAAAAUUUUAGUCGUUUUUUUUGUUGUUGACAGGUGACUAAAAUAAGGUAAUUUCUUGAUGAAAGCUUUUCAAAUUUGACCUGAAUUUUUACCUAAUAGCAGAUAUCAGAAUUUUAGAAGCAAUGGAUGUUUAUUUUUUAAUUUUUAGUUUCUAAAAUACGGGGCUUUAAAAUUUUUCACAAAAAAUGGCUAAAAUAAGGUGAUUUUUGAUGAAAAUACUCUAAAAUUGUCAAAAUGUAGUGGAAAUUUUUCAUCAAAUACGGUUUUCAGUUCCCCGUCGAACGUCUCGUAGCCGACGAAGAGCUGGUUCCGUUCGAAAACGAGUCCGCGGACCUCAUUUUGUCCUCUCUGUCGGCCCAUUGGAUCAACGAUUUGCCCGGCUGGUUCAAGCGAAUCCACGAUGUUUUGAAGCCGGAUGGCGCCCUGAUUGGAUGCUUAUUGGCUGGAGACACCCUUCACGAAGUCCGAGUGGCAUUGCAAUUAGCGGAAAUGGAGCGGUUAGGAGGCAUUGGAUCCCAUAUUUCCCCCUUUGUUCAGCCCCAAGAUAUCGGCGGAUUAAUGGGAAGGGCGGGCUUCGGGAUGAUCACACUCGAUCUGGACGAGAUUGAGGUGAGAAUGGAGGGUUUGAAAGGGAAUUCGGGGUUUUUUUUGAGGAUUUUUGAGGCAAACUGCCGAUUUUACCUUAUUUUAUGCGGCUUUUUGCAAUUUUUGAGGUUUCAUCAAAAAUUUGAAGGCCUACUUCGUUGUGAAAAAGUAAGAUACACUCUCUGGAUUCUCUGUGCAUCAAGAAACCCAAAAUUAAAAAUAGAUUUUUUGAUGAUUUUACCUAAAAUAAUAUAUUUUUGUGUAUAAAAAUAUACAUUGUUACCGGUCUAAACCCCGAAAUACAGUGGGGACCUGAUCCAGUGGCAAAAAGCGUACCAUUUUGCAACCGGGAAGCAUCAAAAAUGUGGCAAAAUGCCUCCUUCUCCAAGUUAAAAAACUUCGUUUUGAAGGGCCCUUUCUGUCACAAAAAUAACGGCUGAAUUGGGAGUUUUUUUCACUUGGAGAUGGAGGCAUUUUGCCACAUUUUUGACACUUCCCGGAUGCAAAAUGGUACGUUUUUUGCCACUGGAUCAGACCCCCAAAUCCCCAUUUAUCAGCCAAAUUGAGUAGUUUCCGAUUUCAGAUCGGCUACCCCAACCUCUUCUCCAUCCUCUACGACCUUCAAUCCAUGGCCGAAUCCAACGCCAGCCUUCGCCGCUCCCCCCUAAGACGAGAUAUUCUGAUCGCGGCUGAUGCAAUAUACCGCGCAAUGUUCGCCAAAGAAUCCCCGGAGAGGCUGCCCUGCACUUUCCAGGUCCUCAGUUUCAUUGGCUGGAGGCCGGGGCCGGAAAUGCCCAAGCCCGCGAAGAGGGGAAGCCAGAAUGUGUCGUUGAAGGACCUCGGGAAAGUGAUCGAAGAGCCGGAAAAGUUCUUCAAACCCGAAUAA